AUGCUUAACCGCGCUGAAACAAAUAAGGAUCAUGUUGAUACAUUUGUUUACAAGAUGGGUCGACAGGAGCGGAAUUUGACAAGACGCGCUAAGAUUGAUUUCCUACAGCUGUCGACCGCUGAAUGGAUGCAUGUCAGACAAUUUGCAGAUCUUCUCUCAUACGCUGAUGUCGCUCAACAAGCAUUUUUAUCCAAAAAGGGCUCAACUUUACAUCUUGCCAUUCCAGCACUCAAAACCCUGCACAAGACUUGGUCUUCACGUGCUGAAAGAGCAAAAUAUGCUCGUUUUGCACCUGCACUCACAGCCACAACGGAGAAGGUGGAUUAA